CUCGGCGCUCCUCACUUUCCUUCUCCCACACGCACUCUCCCACAUCUCUGUUUUUUUUUUUUACCUUUCACCAAACCUGAUCGGACGCCCUGCCUCUCUUGCGCCUGGCCCUCGAUGGUCUGGUCUCCGCCUCUGUUCGUCCAUCCUAGUCCUCAGUAACGCCUUUAUCUCCAACGUCAGCCGUCUGCGAAUUUGUUCCCUUCGAGUUCGACUGGACUUGCUCGCUCUUAUGUCCGAGGCUUGCCAUCCCUGUUUCCUCCAUGUCACAUCCACUGGUGGCAGCCGUGUGGGAACAGCUAGGGCGCCGUGAUCUAGCAAAUAUCCUUCGUGAAAUAAUAGGCGAGCAUGUGCUGGAGAUCGCCGUAUCCCAACCGGACGGCCAGUCUGCAUCCAUUGAGCCACUGGCCCGCUCUGUUUUCUGGAUCAAGACCAUAUUUGAUGCGCAGCGAACCUACCUUCAAGGAUUGACGAAUGUCCACGAAUGCCACCCCUACUUUCUACCUUACCUACUGCCAUCGGAUACAGUCUUUUCGACGUUGAUGUACUUACUGAAGGUGAAGCUGGAACUUUUCCCUUGUCACAGAUCGACCGAUCCAGAACUCGCCGGCUACCGGCAUCUGAUUGCACAUACUUUACUCGCUGGAAUUCGGGUCCUACUGCUGCGCGGAGAGCCCAUUCAAACUGAUAAGAAGUUCCGGUUCGAGAAGGCGAUGCGAGCCGCAUGGCGGCACUCGGACCUGUCAAACGUUGAACGCUUCCUUAUUAGUGACCUUCUCCCCAAAGCAAUCGACUUUAUCGGCUCAACGGAGCUGACAGCCACUCAAACUCUCACAAUCAAUCGUGGGAAAGCCUAUCUGCCGUCGUUCGCUGCAGGGCUGUAUCCAGUUUCGGGUGCUCCAGAAACCCUUAUCACCGAUCUCUUGACAGGUUUGAUGAAAAGUAAUGCCGACCAAUUGGUAUCCUUCAACCUCCUCCUUGAUAUACUUUGGGCAGUAGACUCCGCCCUCAUUCAGUGCCACAUAGAUCGCCGUCGUAUUUCGCAAGAGCAGGGAUAUACAAGCUCCGCAGCGCUGAAGGUAGACGAGGCCUUCACGCAAGCCCAGGAGGUUAAAAAGAAGUUGACUCGGACGGUCCUGGCGGCAUACGAUGAUGAAUUCAAUACGGCACCGCUUCAGAUAUUUGCUACCACCAUCCUAAGCCAGACAGCCGAUGAGUCCCCUCCGUUACAGACGCGAAGAAUUCGAGACACUUGGUCGCAACUUGGUCGCAUUCGAGAGUCAUGGGAGCGGGCCUUGGGCCAGUUUGUACGUUGGCUCAUCAAUCGGCGGGUGCAGAUGUGGGAUUGUAAUGGUGAACUGGAGGCGUUUUCGCACGAUUACCAACAGCAUUUGACUCAAUGGUUGCAAAACUCAUCGCCCGCCGAUUUCGAUCCGUCCGCACCGAUCAAAAAGGGCCGGUCCAGCACAGCAGUUUACGUUGUGAACUGUCCUGCGGUGCAUCCUGUGCCGGGUGCAAUGUUGGAAGAACAGUUGAGGAACCAUGAUCGGAAGGCUUAUGAGCAAUUUCAAGGAAGUCCCGAAUUUCUAGCAAUGGAUAUCACGUGCCCUCUCUGUCCGGGCAAAGCACGCGUCCAACAUGCUCGUAUGAUAGAACCUCUCGAGCAAGUUUCCGACGGCCUACACCUUUUCUCAGAUUCGGACGGUGAAGGACAGCCGUCCCUACCGGACUCUGCAUCUCGAGCGACGACUUCUUGUUCAAGCUCGCUCAGCCACUCUACAAGUCACUCCUCCCGCCUCGACUCGGUAGAAAUAGUCAAAAGUCCGACAUCACCAACUCCUCCUGCGGCGUCCGCCUCGAAAGCGAAUGGCAAAACUCCCAGUGUUACGGCAUCAGAAAUCUUUAACCCGGUUCUCUCGCGAAGUCGAACAGAUCAGUCAUUUGACAAGCAAGCAAUCAAGACUCUGUCACGCGAUCUCAAGAAUGUGAAGAUACCUUUUUCCAGCGGAACGUCUCUUUUUCGGAGAAACUCCUCGAAAGGGCAGCAGUUGCCUCGUCAGCCUCGGUUUUGUUUCUCGGCCACUGGGAGUUGUCUGCUCUUCUGGGGUGCGGGCAGCAACUGGGUUAUGCGAUUCGAACUAGGUCAGGGUGAAGGUAAAAAGCCAAAAAGUCACAAAUAUGACAUUCCGGGCGUACAACAAGCUGCAGCGGGAGAUCAACGAUGUGCUGUCAUCGCCUCAGUAGGACAACGUUACGAGCUUCUUGUGUUUGAGAAUGACAGUGACAUUCCGGAGGCAUACUUGACAAUCGAAACUGAUCACCAAUCGAUACCAAUCACAUGUAUGGUCAUGUCACGCAACGAUCGAUAUGUAGCAUUCACACUUAAAGACCAAGUUCGUGUCUAUGAGAUCUGCACCAGGACUAUCCAGAGAGUUUCUCUCGGAAAUGGAAUUGAUCGAGUGUCAGACUUGGGGAACCGAUCCUUGAUGGGUACUUUUUCUGGCGCGAAGGAGUCUGGGUUUGAGGCUCAGCGACAAGAGGCUGUCAUCGAAAGAAAGCUUCAAUUCUCGGCCGAUGGCAAACAUUUCGUUAUCGCCACCCACCUGGGUGACCACUACGCUUAUGUCGAUGUUUGGAACUGCACGUUCCAACAGUGGAAUAUAGUCCCCGAUAGCUCAAAGUCCUUCAAGCUUCCUCCCUGGACGACGAAUGACGGGGACCUGACUGGUGUGUACUACGAUAGCUCUCAUCAUGCGGUUCUGUUGACCGCAUUUUUCGGCAAGGAAUAUCCCUUGUCGUUCUCCAUGACGGACAACAAAAUCACCAACGAUCCGUUCAGUACACGGAUCGUACAUGCAGCACAGUCGCCAUCUGGUUCGAGAUUUGUGAUCGCGAACGGCAUGUGCGAUAUCCAUAUAUGUGAUGCGAAGGCUUCUGGGGGUCUGAAUCGCUCACGGUUGAAAAAGGCCUCGUAUAAGAUGAAUCCUGCAGUAUUUCGGCCCGGGCAACUUGCGCUAGCUUUCCCCCAGGAAUACGAAAUGCUCGCAUUCUGGGUGAAGACAGGCAAGUUGAUGCUGAGGACUGUGCGAAUGCAGGGUGGCAUCGAAAGUGUCAGUGACUAUGACCUGCGGCCCGACUACGAUCGACUGGUAGUGGAAAGACCGCUUGUUGCCGACUUCCAUACACAGCGCAGACGGCAUUCGUUGUUAUCACACGAGCUGGUGGCAGAGAUCGAUGGCCUACCCUCGAUUCCCCGACCAGACCUGCCUGAGCUGUCUUCGACAUAAGAGCGCAUUAAACAAAGGUGGGAAGGACGAUGCACGCUGCCUGUGCUUCAGAUGGUGUCAUUAUCAUUGAUGCGAUCACUAGCGCUGCAGCUGCCCUAUGUAUUUAUGUGUGACGAG